AUGGAUUCUAUUUCGCAACCAAUUGGCCACUUCCAAAAUUUCAUCUUCUCUGAAGAGGAGACCCUACUACUUAAAGAAAAGAUCGCCUCGCUUUCUGGUGAUUCUUUCGACAUUAGGACCUCUAAUGGUCAACAUCGCUUUCAAGUUAAGGGGCAUACCUUCUCGCUUUCGGGUCGCAAGAGAGUGACAGACUCUCAAGGCAUUAAACUAUUCGACAUCCGGAAGAAGUUUCUCACAUUCCGUCGAACCUAUUACUGUACCGACUCGCAAGGUGUGAAGUUUUUAAAUGUGGAGAGACGCUUUAAGCUUAUAGGCUUAAAAGCUAUAGCAACCUUUACUUCACCUUCUAGAAUAGUAGAGGAAUUCAAAAUGGAAGAGAGUUUGUUGCAUCUCGGGGCUAAGAUCACUCUCGAACGAACUCAAACAGAACUUGCCUCUAUCAAACGCAAGCUACUAGAGCCUCGCGACUUGCUUUUUAACAAGCAAGGAUACAGACUCAUAGUUGAGCCAAAUGUUGAUCAAGCACUUAUGGUGGCAAUGUGUAUAUGCAUGGGUAUGUUACCUUGA